CACACGGCAAAACAGCCCCUGGAAACAGUCGUUCACAGAACGUGAUUGGUGAAUUUUGAGAGUGACGUCAUAUACCCGCGCUUUGUUUGGAACGUCAGCUCGUUGGCGGGAUUCAGGCGACGGGAGCAGACAGGCAGCGAUUGUUUUGAGAUAAUUGCAAUGCAGUUUUCAGGCAGAAGAAAGAAGCUGAUUGGCAGCUCUCAGAAUGAUCUGUAUGAUCACUGUCUUCAGUUCUAUGGACACCCUCCCCUGGACAACAUCUCUCUCACUGAGUUUGAAACCUUUGCAGUGGAGAGGUUGAAAUUGCUCAAGACUGUGGAAAAUCUUGGGGUGAGCUAUGUGAAAAAUUCAGAGCAAUACACGAAGAAACUAGAAGCUGAAUUUUCAAGUCUGAACUUCCCAUUUAGGACAGAAUUGGAUGACCGAAAGGUUCAGGCAGGAAUAUCUGAAUAUGAGAAACGAAGAAAAGACCAUAUCUCCCAUUUCAUUCUACGCUUGGCUUAUUGCCAGACGGAGGACCUCAGGCGAUGGUUCAUCCAACAGGAAAUGGAUCUUUUCCGUUACCGGUUCAGUUGCCUUCCUUCAAAGCACAAGACUGACUUUUUGCAUAAAAAUAAUUUGAAGUAUGAGACGGUAAGUGCAGAGGAAAAGAAAAGCUUAAAAGACAAGCUCAUCAACUCCAGUUAUGGAUUAAGUGGAAUCACAGUGGAAGAAUAUGAUUUCUACAAAGUCCCAUUUCAGGAUGCCCUGGAUUUAGUGCGCACAAGAAAAGUCUACUUGCUUGCUGGCAAUGCCUACAUCCCCCACCAAGAAAUUGUCGCGAUUGUCCUGAAUGACUUCCGCACAAGACUGUCCAAAGCACUUGCAAUGACUGCCCGAUCCUUGCCUGCGAUACAGUCUGAUGAACGACUCCAGCCUCUUUUGAGCCACCUCAGCCAUGCCUAUGUGGGUCAGGACUAUAGCAUUCAGAAGAACAUCGGGAAAAUUUCUCUGGAGCAGAUUGAUGCACUCUCGGGCAAGUCCUUUCCUCUGUGUAUGAGGCAUCUCCACAAGGCACUGAGAGAGAACCACCACCUGCGGCACGGUGGCCGCAUGCAGUACGGCCUUUUCCUCAAGGGCAUUGGUCUUACUCUGGAACAGGCCCUGCAGUUCUGGAGGUCAGAGUUUGUCAAAGGGAAAGUCGAUGCAGACAAGUUUGAUAAAGCAUAUGCCUACAGCGUCCGCCACAUGUUUGGGAAGGAAGGCAAGCGCACUGACUACACCCCCUACAGUUGCAUGAAGGUGAUUUUGUCAAACCCACCCAGCCAAGGCGACUACCAUGGGUGUCCAUUCCGCCACAGCGACCCUGAGCUACUGAAACAGAAGUUGCAGUCCUAUAAAAUCUCCCCUAGUGGGAUCAAUCAGGUUCUGGAGCUGGUCAAGGGAAUGCACUAUCAGCUGGCCUGCCAGAAGUACUUUGAGCUGACACACAGUGUUGAGGAUGCUGGGUUUUCUCUUAAUCACCCUAACCAGUACUUCACUGAGAGUCAGAAGCUUCUGGGUGGAGGCCGGGACAUCAAGAAAGAAGUCGAGAUGUCACAAAGAAGCCAAGAAAAUCCGACAAAUACGUCCCGUCCAUCUCAGGCAAACACUAAACAGGCCCAUGAGGAGAUGGGGGAUUUAGACUCCUUCUUCCAGGAUGAAUGAUUUUGUAGAACUUCAAAUCUGGGAUUAAUAGACCAUAUAGAGCCAUUACUUGCAUUCAGUGUAUUUGAUACAAAUUGUGUUUUUAAUAUUCAAAAACUUCUGAUCUGGUUGUUUUUUCCAUUAUCUUUUCGGCUAUAAGAUCUUUUUCAAAUUGUGUUUUUAUAAAAACAAAUAAAAUAAAUUUUCAUUUUUCAUAAA